AUGACAACAUCAAAAUCAGAAGAUGAAGAUAUCAUAUAUAAAAAUUGGGUAUGGGUACCGAAUGAUCAAGAUUUGUUUACAAAAGGGUAUAUAACAGAUUAUUUAGAAGAUGGGAAAUGUAAAGUAAAUAUAGUUUCAUCCUCAACACCAAAUUCAUCAACAACUCAAUCAACAAUUGUAAUUGAACAAUCUAAAUUAGAAAAUUGUAAUCCUUCAAAAUUUGAUAAAUGUAAUGAUAUGGCAGAAUUAACUCAUUUAAAUGAACCAAGUGUUGUUUAUAAUUUAUAUUUAAGAUAUUUAAAUGAUUUAAUUUAUACUUAUUCUGGAUUAUUUUUAGUUGCAAUAAAUCCUUAUAAACUGUUACCAAUAUAUAAUGAAACAAUAUUAAAACAAUAUAAUAAUAGCUCACUAAAUUCAAAAAAACUAACCAAGAAUCAACAAUUACCUCCUCAUAUAUUUGCUAUAGCUGAAAAUACUUUACAAAACUUAUUAAGUAAUAAAAAAGAUCAAAGUAUAUUAGUUACAGGAGAAUCUGGUGCAGGUAAAACUGAGAAUACCAAAAAAGUUAUUCAGUAUCUAUCAUCAAUUGUAUCAUUAAAUAAUCAAUCUAAUAAUAACAACAGCAGCAGUCAACAUCAUCACCAAGAUAUAGAUGAUAAAAUAUUACAAGCUAAUCCUAUAUUAGAAAGUUUUGGAAAUGCAAAAACCAUAAAAAACAAUAAUUCUUCAAGAUUUGGGAAAUUUAUAAAAAUAUAUUUUAAUGAAAUUGGAGAAUUAACAGGUGCAAAUAUAGAUUAUUAUCUUUUAGAAAAGUCAAGAGUUGUAAAUCAAUCAAAAAAUGAAAGAAAUUAUCAUAUUUUUUAUCAUUUUUUAAAAGGUUAUGAGAAUUUAACAAGUUUAGGAUUAAAUAAAGAUUUAAAAACAUAUCUGUAUUUAAAUGGAACAAAUGAUAUAGAAAAUAUUAAUGAUUUUAAAGAAUUUAAUUUAUUAGUUGAAGCUUUUAAAAUUGUUGGAUUUAAUUCUAAUGAGAUUCAAUUGAUAUAUGAAAUAUUAGCUGUUAUUUUACAUUUGGGUAAUUUAAAAUUUAAUUCUCAUACUGCAGAACAAGCAAGUUUUACAAAAGAUUCACCUAUAGAAAAAAUAGCUAAUUUAUUAGGUAUAAAAACUUCAAUUUUACUGGAAAAUUUAUUAAAACCAAAAGUUAAAGCUGGGAAAGAAUUUAUAACAAAAUCUAAAAAAUCAAAUGAAGUUAAAUUUUCAAUUGAUGCUUUUGCAAAAUAUUUAUAUGAGAAACUUUUCCAAUUUAUAAUAAAUAAAAUAAAUAAAAAUUUAAAUAUUAAUGAUUCAACAACAAAUACAAAUGACAAUUUCAUUGGAGUAUUAGAUAUUGCAGGAUUUGAAAUAUUUGAAAAAAAUUCAUUUGAACAAUUAUGUAUAAAUUAUACAAAUGAAAAAUUACAACAAUUUUUUAAUCAUCAUUCAUUUAUAUUAGAACAAAGUGAAUAUUUAAGAGAAAAUAUUCAAUGGGAAUUUAUUGAUUUUGGUAAAGAUUUACAACCUACAAUUGAUUUAAUUGAAACAAGAUCUCCAAUGGGUAUAUUAAAAUUAUUAGAUGAAGAAUGUAUGAUGCCAAAAUCGUCAGAUAAAGAAUUUAUGCUUAAAUUAAGUUUAAAUUUUAAUGGUAAAAAUGCAAAUAAUAAACAUAAAAAAUUUCUUGAAAAUAAAUAUAAAAAUGGGUUUAUUAUAAAACAUUAUGCUGGUGAAGUUGAAUAUAAUGUUGAUAAUUGGUUACAAAAAAAUACUGAUCCAAUAAAUGAAAAUUUAAUUCAAUUAUUAUCUACAUCUUCGAAUCAAGAUAUAGUUGAUAAUUUUAUACCGAAUGAUUCAUCAUCUACUACUACUAAUGGUACUUCACAAAAAUUAAAAACUGCAUCUCAAAAACAUAAAGAUCAAUUGAAAAAUUUAAUGGAUCAAUUAGAAUCAACAGAACCUCAUUUUGUAAGAUGUAUAUUACCAAAUUUGGAUAAAAAAUUUCAAAAAUUUGAUAAAAAUUUAGUAUUGAAUCAAUUAAGAUGUAAUGGGGUUUUAGAAGGUAUAAGAAUUACAAGAGCAGGGUAUCCAAAUAAAUUAAUAUUUCAAGAAUUUAAUUUUAGAUAUUCAAUAAUUUAUGAUAAAUUUCAAUUUACAAAAAAUGAAAAAACUAAUGUUGAAUUAAUUUUAAAAGAAAGUGGAUUAAAUCAAGAAACUUAUAAGAUUGGAUUAACUAAAAUUUUUUUUAAAAAUGGUAUAUUAGGUAAAUUAGAAGCAAUGAGAGAUUUAAAAUUAAAACAUACUUUAACUCAAUUACAAAAAGUUAUAAGAGGUAAUCUUAUAAGAAAAGAUAUACUAUCCAAAAUUAAAAAAUUACAAUCAAGUCAAAUUAUUGCUAAAACAAUGCAAACAAUUGAAAAUUCUCAAAAAAAUCCUUGGAUUCAAUUAUUUUAUAAUUUAAAACCUUUACUUGAAGAUUCAAUAAAAGUAUAUGAUUCAAAAGAAAUUCAAGAUAAUUUAAAUCAAAUGACUUUAAAAUUUAAAGAAUCUGAAAAUUCAAAAAAUGGUUUGUCAAAAGAUAAUGAAAACUUAAAAUCUAUAAUCAAAAAUUUAGAGGAUGAUAUAAUAUCAAAUAAUCAAAUUAUAAAAGAUAAAGAUAAUCAAUUAAUUAAAUUUAGAAAUGAUGAAUCAAAAUCUUUAAAAAUUAUUAGUGAAUUAGAAUCAAAAAUUAAAUCUCUCAAGGAAACUAAUCAAUCUUUAACAAAAGAAUCAUCUAUGUUAACUAAUAGAUUAAAAGAAUUACAUGAUAAACAUGAGACUAAAUCUAAUGAAUUAGAAUUAAAUUUGAAGAAUUAUAAUGAUGUUCAAAGCGAAUUAAAAUCUUUACAAAAUCAAUAUGAGGAAUUUAAAUCGAAUAAUAAUGAUGAGAAAUUAAUGUUGAAAGAGUUACAAACAAAGCAUGAAAAGACUAUAGUUGAUCAUGAUGAGAAAGUAGUUAGUUUACAAAAUUUAAUUGAAUCUUUGAAAGAAAACAUUUCUUCUCGUGACAAUACCAUUAAUGAAUUAAAUAAGAAAUUAAACUCAAAUGAUAAAUCAUUAAAAGAUGAUAAAUCAAAACAAGUUUUAGAAAUUGAUAAUUUUAAAAAUUCAAUAUCACAAUUAAAUCAAGAUAAAUCUAAACAAUUAGAAGAAAUAGAAUUACUUAAAUCACAGAUUAAAUCUAAUGAUCUUAAAAAAUCAAAAUAUGAAGAUAAGAUAGAAGAAGCAAAAGAAAAAGUUUCAACAUUAAAAGCUAAAGUAGAUACAAAAACUAAUGAAAUAAAUCAAUACAAAAAAGAAAUUAAAGAACUUAAAUCUCAAUUAAUUUCAACUGAAGCACAACUUCAAAAAUAUAAAGAGAAAGAAUUUGAAAUAUCCGAAAUCAAAUCUAAUGAAACAAAACAUCUUAAAGAAUUGGAGACUUUACAAAACAAAUAUUCUCAAAUUAUAUCUGAUCAUAAUCAAUUAAAUAAUGAAUUUACUAAAAUCAAAUCAGAAUUAGAACGAUCUCAAAAGGCUAAAAAUGAAUAUACUUCAACUAUAACAAAAUUAAAUAAUCAAAUUUCAGAUCUUCAAGAAGCUUAUAGAAAUAUUGAAUCAGAAAAAGAAAAUUUACAACCAAAUCCUCAAUUUAUGGAUGAAUAUACUCAUAUGAAAUUAAAAUUAAAUGAACAAAAUGCUUUAUUAAGAAAAGAAAAAUUUGAAAAUAAAAAAUUAAUUGAAGAAUUACAAUUAAUUAAAGAAAGAGUAAUGAAUGGUUCAUUAUUAAGUAAUGAUAUAACUCCCAAGAGAAGAUCAUUAGCUAUAGGAGAAAGAAUAAAUCUGAAUAUAAAUACAUUAAAUAAAGAAAUUAAUGAUUUAAAAUUAAAAUUACAACAAGAACAAGCAAAUUAUCAAAGAGCUGAAAAUUAUGCUAUAGAAUUACAAAAGAAAUUAAAUAAAUUAGAAUCAUCAAGAGGUUUAAAUAAUUCAUCAGCAGGUAAUUUAGAUUAUGAAAAGAAGAUUAAAGAUUAUCAGAACCGAAUUAAUCAAUUAGAAAAUAAAAUUGAAGGAUUAAUAUCUAUUGACUCAUUAAGUGAAAGUAGUUCAUCAUCAUCUCCAAAUACAUCAUUAACAAGAAGUGAAAGUUUAGGUGGUAAUUCAUUAUCUUUCCGUGGAGUAAAUCAAGAUUUUAUUCAAAUUUAUCAAGAUAUGAAUAAAACUUUAAGAUCAACAAGAAAUGAAUUAAGUAAUUGUAAAUCAGAAAUUUUAAGAUUAAAAUCAUUAUUAAGAGAAUCAGAAGAUGAAUUAUAUUUAGUAAAACAAUCAAAAUUUAAAAGUUCAAUGAAAGAUUAUGAACAAAAUUUAGCUAAUUUAAAAGUAAAAUAUGAUAAUUUAAAUUCAAGAAAUCAAGAUUUAAUCCAAGGUUUAGAUUUAUAUAGAAAAAGAUCUGAUGAAUAUUUUAAAAAAUUAGAAUUAGCUGAAUCAGCAAUAAUUAUAUCAAAAAGACAAGAAGAUCAAGCAAUAAAAGAAAUGAAUGAAUUAAGAAGUCAAUUAAGAUUAUCAAAAGAAGAAGCAAGAACUUCACAAAUUAUGUUAAAAGAUUCAAGAAAUAAAAUUGAAAAUUUAGAACAUACAAUUCAAUUAAAUAAUUCCAAGAUUGAAGAUUCUUCCAAGGAAAUUAAUGAAUUAAAAGAUAAAUUAUCAUAUCAUAUCAAGAAUUAUGAAAAUAAAGAAUCUAUUGAAAAUUUGAAAGAUGAAAUUAGAAAUUUACAUAAAGAUCUUAAUUUUAAAACAUCAAAUGAAACAAUAUUAAUAAAAGAAAAUAAACAAUUGACAUUAGAUUUAGAAGAAUUACAAUUGGUGAAAAAAAAUUUGACUAAUGAAUUAGAAGAAUCUGUGUUAAAAGAAGAAGAAUUAGAGAAUAAAGUUGUUGAAUUAACUGAUAAAUUAAGAAUAUUGGAAGAUUCAAAAAUUUUAGAUGAAAGAAAAAUAACAUCAUUGAAUAAACAAAUCACAGGUUUAAAAGAAUUAAUACAAGAAAUAAAUGAAGAAAAAAAUAAAUUAUUUGAUACAAAUGCCAAACUAGAAGAAGAAAAAAACCACUUAAAUCAUAUUCUUGAAAAUAAACAAACAGAAAUUGAACAAAAUCAAUCAGAAAUUUCAUUUUUAAAAUUACAUUUAAAUAAUCAAAAACAAGAUCAAGAAAAUUUAACAAAAGAAUUAAAUCAAUCAAAAUUAUUAUCAAGUUCAGAAUAUAAAGAUCAACAAAAAUUUAGAAAUGAGUUAUUAAUAUCAAAUGAAGAAAAUUAUUCAUUGAAAAAAACAAAUGAAGAAUUGGUUAAAAAGAAUCAUGAAUUAGAAGAAAAAUUAUAUAGUAAUGAACAAAUAAAAUAUCUUGAAGAUAAAAUUAAAAAUUUAACUAAAAAUUUAGAUUUAACAAUUCAAGAAAAACAUGAAUCAAAUAAAAUUAUAAAAAAUUUAGAAAGAUCAAACAAGACAUUAAAAACUCAAUAUCAAAAUGAAUCAAAAUUAAGUAAAAAAUAUAAUGAUGAAAAUUUUAAUUAUCAAAAUAAAAUUAAUCAUUUAAAAACCUCGCUUGAUUCUUUAUAUCAAGAAAAUUUAGAAAAAGAUUUAAAUUUAAAAAAUUUUGAAAUUGAAAAAAAUCAAUUGAAUGAAAAUUAUUUAAUUUUACAAAAAGAAGUUUUAGAAUUAAGAGAAAGAUUAAAUAUUAUAUGA